CCCGGAACCAUUAAACCUGAUCACUCUUUCCAGGGGGAAUCAUUAGAGCGACGGACUUGCACUGCAUUUCUUCCGAGAAGUCGUUUCAUUACAUUUAGCAGCCAAGGUAAAACGCACUGACGUUACAGAAAGUAUGACUGAGAAUGAGACUGAGACUACGGAGAGCCAGAAGAAGUACGAGGAGUUGUUUGCCCACAGAUUUUCAUCAGAGGAUAAUGAAUACCAGCAAUAUGUGAGCCGUCCCCCUGACCCCCCUCCCAUGGUUGAGGACUGGAGGAGUCGUGGAGGAGGCAACAGAGGCAGGGAUAACAGGUAUCAAGAUCGUCGUGGAGGCCAUGGGUGGGGAGGAGGCAGAGGUUGGGGAGGAGACCGGGGUUGGAGAGGAGACAAUCGCAGGCAGCACCACUGGCAAGACAGAGACAGAGACAGAGGUCAAGACCGGGACAGAGACAGAGACAGAUUUCAAGACCGGGACAGAGACAGAGACCAAGGUCGAGAUCGAGACAGGCAGUGGGGGCAUGGGAGUGGGUACCAAUCAGGCCCUCCAAGCUCCAACCAGACAUCCAACUCUCAUCAGCAGAGACCACAUUAUGACCGCUACUGAUCUGUGCUUUGAUCUCUCAGGUGGUGUUAGAAUUUAACUGGCUCAUAACUUGUAUUGCAUUACAAUAUGUGCAACUGUUGAUGUUUUUGUGUGUAAGGCUCUCAGUGCCACAACUUCAUAAGUAAGGGCUGGGCAAUGUAUGAAUACCAAUGAUUCACUGUCUAAGUAUAAUAUAUUUAUACAUUCAUAAAUAUAAUUCUGGAUAAACUAUUCAGAUUUUUCUGUGAUAUGAUUGCUGAAAACUAUUUACCUCCACUUUCUUCCAUAAUACCUUUUUUACAUUAUAUUGCUCAGCCCUGUAAUCACAAUACAAUUUCUAACAAGGACACAUUUGCAAUAUUUCAGCUUUCUGGGCAAUUUGUAACAAAAAUCCACCUCAAAUUAAAAUGGAAUUAUGGCUAAGGGUUUGUUUAGUGAUCUGUUAAUUAAGCUGUUUUUUUAAACUUGUACAUGUUUUGAUAUCAGAUUGUUAUUAAUUAUACGGGACAGUAUUGAUGCAGCAGUGCAUCUGACUUUCAAGAAAAAAAAAAUCAUUUUGUAACGCAGUCUGAUUUUUCUGUCACAUCAUUAUAUGCCGACUCUUAUGAACUGAGAUGUUAUCAAUAAACAUGUAUUUUCUUAA